AUGAUGUGCUUCCGAGGCUGUUGCCCCAGUGGCGAGACGUGCCAUGCGAGCAUCACGAGUUGCCCGAGCUCGGGCACCUUGGCCGGGGUCACAAGUGACUACGCGGCCUCUGUGCCGACCAUUAACGGCCUAUCAGUAGCGUCGGGGCUUCCGACAAACAGUGCGGCUUGCGAGUACAGCGACAUCUCGUGCGGCUCGUGUUCGGAGUGUGAGUGGACUAAGACCACGUGCUUGGGUGCAAGCACAGGCACGUGCACGGGUUCGGCGUCGACGCCGUCGCCACCUUCCCCGACUCUGGCGCCGACGCCGUCGCCACCGACGCCCGCGCCGCCCCCGACGCCACCGACGCCCGCGCCGCCGCCGACGUCCGCACCGACGACCCAGCCCGCCGACGCCUCCGGCACGCUGGCCGGCGCGAGCCUCGGCCUGGGGGUGCUGGCGCUCGCCGCGGCCGCGGCGUCGCCGUGA